CCGGUGAAAAAUCAGAUGGUCCCGCCCCCUCACCUCCCCAACCACUCCUUUAAGACGUCGGUGACGCAGGCGAGUGGCGGCCGUUUCGAAUGCAGGCCCCAGAAGUUGCCUUUCUCCAGCUGGUGGCUGGCUGCGGAUUCCCGGCCCGGCGCCCCGCACAGUAGGAGCUCGGCCCGAUUGCCUGGCCCGGAGCCCGGGCCCGCUUGCUCCCGUCCCUCCCUGCGCCGGGCCCGGGCCCGCUUGCUCCCGUCCCUCCCUGCGCCGGGCCCGGGCCCUAGCACAUGGCGGAGGAUGAAGGGGAGCCCGCCCGCAGUCUCUCCGGCUUAUAGUUUGCAGAACCUAUUUGCUGUGGAAGAUGAAUUUGAAGAUGAGGAUUUCUUGUCAGCUGUAGUGGACACUGAAAACCAGUUCUCCAGUUCGCUUUCUGUAAAUCCAGGAUGCCUGAAACCUAUGUAUUCCGAGCCCAAAGCUGCCAAGCAGGCACUGACCUUGGGGCAACUGACGUCCUGUUCCACUCUUCCUCCAGGGGCUUCGAGCCUGUCAGCCCAGGGUCUCAGACUCUCUUCCCCUAGUGUGUCCACGGCAGGAGGGGAUUCUCCUUCUAAGACAUCAACAUGCCUGAGAUAUUCCCCUUCUCCCAGUUUAGCUGGAGGAACUAAAGAUCAAAGUAGCGUGACCUCAGGAGGAGUAACCACAGAACCUCAUGCACUUUUCUCUCUUGGAAAGCAACACCCAGGGCCAGGUACCACUGUGACAAGUAAACAGAAUGAGUUCAGUUUGCAAUCAUGCAUGGAGCUGAGGCAAAGGGAUGCAAGUGGGCCUAUGAAAAGCCUGUUUCCCAAGCAGAAGGAGGACCCUGUGCAAGUUAAAAGGCCCCGGUUGUCUGAGCUGGGAGGAUCUUGUUGUCAAGGGUCAAUUGUCACCAGACUGCCUGAGCCCCUACUUUCAGAUCCCACCACUUGCCAUGAGACUCCAAAGUUCAUUAUGAGACCUGGUGCUUCCAGCAGACAUACUUUCCCAUCUGGUUCACGAAUUCCCACUCAACCCAUCCCCUGGCAAACUGGUCCUAGGGGCAGGCAUCUCCAUGUGCCUCAGCCUCUCCAAAGUGCUAACUGUUAUGCUCAGAACAAUUUUCAAAAUAGUUCCUUAACAUCUCAAUCAUUUCAAUCUCCAACUUCCUGGGAAAGUAGAAAAUCUAGAAUUCUAGGGCCAACUGUUCCCAAUCCAAACUCUUCUCUUGUGCCAGUGCCUAACUCUAUUCAGAGACCCUUAGAGUCCCGAAGGCAGGUCUCUUCUGUGGGGUCUCUUUUCUCCACCCCAUCCACCCCCUGUUCUUCCCUGGCAGCCUCAGGGAUUCUUCAGACUCCUAUAGUCACAAAUCACCUUGUACAACUAGUUACUGCUACCAAUCGGACACCCGGGAUGCCUGCCCAUUUACCCACCCGAGCCAAAACACGCCGCUUUCCUGGACCAGCUGGACUCUUGCCUCACCAGCACAGUGGAAAAAAUCUGGAGGAGAUCAUGAUUUCAACUCCUCAGAUUCCAGCCCAUGGUGCACUAGCUAAAUUCCGGACAGAGGAAGUACUUAGCUCCCAGCCUUCAGGGGAGGAUUUUGAGCGUGGCCCCUGGCUGACUAUGAAAGCUGAACUGGGACUAGAUGACCAAGACCCUGCCUGCUUCCUGCACACAUACAGUAUUGUCAUGGUAUUGCGGAAGGCCGCUUUGAAGCAACUUCCCAGGAACAAAGUGCCCACUAUGGCUGUGAUGAUCAAAUCCCUGAGCCGAAAUACAGUAGAUGCCAGUGUGGUAUUCAGAGAUCCUACAGGAGAGAUGCAAGGUACAGUGCACCGGCUGCUGUUGGAGGAGAGACAGAAUGAACUGAAGACUGGAUCUGUCCUACUGCUGAAGCAGAUCGGAGUAUUCUCCCCCUCACUCCGCAAUCACUACCUCAAUGUAACACCCAACAACCUGGUCCAGAUUUACAGCCCAGAUUCAGGAGAUGGGAGAAUCCCCAGGAGCUCUCAACCCCUUUCCAAGCUUUCUAGCCCUCUCCAGUCAGACUCUCUGUCUCAGCCUCCUGGUCCUGAGAGCUCCUUUCAUGCUCUUCAUUGUGAUGAGAAGCCCAGAGAGAAGCUUAGGACAAGCAGCAUGGAGCCAGCCUCGAGAGAAGAGCUUCCUGAAGCAGAUGAUCUGGAUGGACUCCUAGGGGAGUUGCCUGAGGACUUCUUCUCUGAGGACAGUGGCUGGUGAGGCAGGACCACAAGGACCUAGCAUUGCCUUGUUUACUGCAAGUCAGGCAUGGACUCAUUUCACUUGUGAGACAGUGGGUGGAGGCAGGGCUGUAGCAGAUAACCGUGUGAGCAUAUCAGCUGCCCCUUCCCUGCCUGUUUGUGAGAGCCUUCUCAUCUUUUAAGUCAGAGCAUCUUUGUUAACAGAUUCUGUCUGUGGAGAUAGUAAGGGUCCCAGAAAAGCAUCAGUUUUGAUCAUAGACAAGUUUCCUGGUUCUCACAGUUUUGAUUUUCACUCUUUGGACAAUUGAAGACCAGGAGUAAACAGGGACAUAAUUCCCCAAAUCUGAGCUUAGACCUGCUGUUUGCCUCCAUUACCUCCUCACCUGGAGUUAAAUUAUCAGUUCAUUUUUCCCUCAGAACUUUGUCUUCAGCUAUUCUCAUCCUGCCCCUAAGAGACUACUUCACUUAGGCCUGAAUUAUUUAUUUAUCCCUAAAACAAGGUUUUUACUGAAGUUACACAGUUUAACUUCUGCAAGAGGCUUCCAGGUUUAGGAUCAAAGAAUUAGGGCAUUGUGCCAUAUUUUAAAAUAAAGUGUGGUACUCACUCUCCUUGGACUUUGGGCUAUAUGCUCUUCUGCUAAUUCUCUUAUGACUUUAGCCUUUUUGGCUUUUGUAUGUCCUUGUAUAUCCUAUCCAUCUUGAUCCUGGAUGCCAUAAUGUUUUGAGGGAGGACUGAGCACUCUGACUUGACAGAGUCAUUCAUAGAAGGGUGACACCAUAAAAUUAGCUUAGUUUCCUUCUGUAAUAAUUUCAGUGAUUUAUUCUCAAAACAAGGACUGAUCAAGGAGAGGAUGGGGCAUAGCUUUUUAUAUUUGUUCCACCCUAAAAUGCCAAUGGGAAAAAGAAGAUUGGCUUAAUAUCUUUGCUUAUUGCCAGAAAAGGAGAGAAACCAAAAGGUUAUGGCCUUCUGGGGUUAGGUUUAAAUUGCCAACUUGCUUUCAAGGACCACUUGGUCCAAGGCUGGGGUUUCUCUCUAAAAUAUAACCUUCCAUUUUCUAAAAUGUAUAUCCAUUAUGAGGCUAAAGAGAGAAAUGGAGAGGCUGUAGGGGAUGGAGGAGGCAAUCAGUCAAUCAGUCAAUCAGCAUUUCUUAAGUUCCAAGUCUUAAGACACUAAGCCAUAAAGAAUGAAACAACUCUUAUCACAGGGAUCUUACAUACUUAAGAUGGGAUACCACAAAGUGUACAUAUGUAUAUGUGUGUGUAUGUCUAUGUAGAAUAAAUAUAAAGUUAAUAAAUAAAAGAAAAUGUAAGAUUGUUUGGGAGGGAGGACACUGGCAGUUGGAGAUAUUAAGAAAGGCUUCUUAUAAAAGUUGGUCCUUGAUGGUGUUCAAGGAAGUGGGACAUUUUAGGAGUCAGAGUUAAAGAAGAUAGAUAUUUCAGGCCUGAAGAGCAGUCAAUGCAAAGACAGUAGGGCAUCCUGAGGGACUGACCCUUGUGCCAUAGUUGGCACUAUGGACUGGCCCUGCUGUAUCUUUAUUACUGAAUAUUUUACCACAUAUGCAUCAGAUGCGUAUAUACCUAACUACUUUUUUCUCUACCAAAUCUGUCUGGGAUGUCCUUACUCCUGCCCCAAUCCCAGCUCUGUCAGACUCCCACCUAAGCUUUCAGGGCCCAGAUUAGUCUUGUCUCCAUGAAACUCCCUCAGGCUCUUCCAGCUCACAGGCCUUUCUCUUUUGAACUCUAAAGGACAAAGAUGAAAAAAUAGCUAUAGAAUUGAAAACUGGAAAGGACUUUAUAAAUAGUCUUAUUGUAAAAGGAAGAAACUGAAGCUGAUGGAGUUGAAGGAACUUGUCUGAGUCAUAGUAAUAAACAGAUUCAGGAUUCAAAUCCAUAACACUUUUUCUCAGGCACUUAAGCACAUUCUACUUGUCACUGUGGUUACUAAUGUUAUGUAUUCAGGCCUUUCAAUUCUAGUGUCAAUUUGUGGAAAAUAGUGACUGUGACAUUUGUAUCUCACAUGGCUCCUUGCACAGAUUCUAUGCUCAAUAAAUGUUGAAUGAAGCAGCCCCUGUAUGUUCAUAGAAAUAUGGGAGAUAUUAAAAAUUCCUACUCCAUGAGAGCUGGACAAAGAUACUCAGUGAGUGUUGUGCUGAGGGUAUCCUUCAUGUUAGUGCUCUAUGCUAAUCAAGGAAGUGGAAGGUGUCAAGUUCAGGAAAGCCAGAGAGGAAAGAAGUAUAUACUACCUACCUUGGCUCCUUGAUCCCACCCCACUUUGCUGAUCUCCAAACAUGGGAAUUCCACUGUGGGUUACUAGCUGCUGCAAUUAGGCAGUUGGCAGCUUAAUUAUACAAUAAGGAGUUCCAGUAGGGUUAAUCAUAUCUGGGUCUACAUAAGUGACAUUCUCUGAUGCUCUCCAAGUACUUUCUGGUCAUGAUCUUAUUCCUGCCCAAAGCAUAUCAGAGGAGCGGGAAGAAGAGGGGGAAAGGAUUCCUUACCUAUCUACUUCCUUAACUAUCUUCCCCCUACUUUUGUGGAACAGGUAAAACCAAAGCAGGGGAGAUCACUUGGGCUGGUUUAAGAAAAUAGUAAGAGAUAGAGCCAAAACAACUUCUAGUGUUCAGGUGUUUAAACCAAAGUAGGGCUCAAAUCCCCUUAUUAAGCAGGGAAGGGGACAUGGUGUUAGGCGUGGGAAGGAUGGACAGCUGUAAUAUCAAACACAGCUUUAACCAGGAAAGCCCUGAAGGCAGAGAGUUCUGGAUAGCUUUGAAACAAAUAGAAGCUUUUAAUCCCCUGUAAAAGAGCACAGCAUAGUGUGUUAGAAGGGAGGAGGCACUCAAAUAACUGGGCAUCCAACAAGUUCAAGUGCCCUUGGGUUAUAUCAGGCUUCUGCUAUAUCUUGGGAUAACUGUGAAUGAUGCCUCCCUCACCUUAGGAGAACUGACAGAAGCUGGAUUGCUAGUCCCUCUACUGACACAGAUGCUGUUUCUUGGCAUCAUUCCCCCCUCUAGAGGUGUCUUAAGUAAAGUUGCCAUCCCCAUGGGGAGAGAUGAAUUUGCUAUAUCACUUUCUUGAAUCUUGGUGUUGGAAAGAUAGAAAGUUCAAAUUAAGCGAGAACCCACUAUGAACUCUUCCCCCAAUAAGUGGUCAACCAGUGUCUGCUCUACUUUAUUUAUUUUUUUAUUAUAAUAACUUUUUAUUGGCA